AUGUUCCAGGCCAAGAUGAGCACGGUGGACGGUACCGUGGGUGGUCACCAGAAGGUCGACGACCGGUUGGGCCACCACCAGUCCAUGAGCCAGAUGCUGUACGGCGCCGGAUUGGGCCCUGGGCGAUCAGGGUCGUCGUCGUCGUCUCCAGUGGGAGGAGCCAACACUGGCAGUGGGCUGCUGGUGGUGCCACAGCCGCUCGGCAAGGGACCCUCAAAGCUGCAGCCGUUACAUGCCCACGCGCGGAAGUACCACUGCAAGAUGUGCCCCCAGGGGCCGGGACAGUCCGAAAAUCGCGCCAAAAAUCCGGCCCGCAGGACCAAGAUGGCCGCCAGGCGACGCGACGGCGAAAUGAUAAUGAACGCCGACGCCGGCUGUCACUCAUCGAAAUUCAAUUCGUCAACUAUGCCGUGUAGCGUCCGCAAAAACGCGCCAAUCAAAUGUUUUAUAUUCAUCGCUUUUCUGUACAUCCGAAAGCGGCCGCGCUUGGCCGGCACACCAAUUGCGAGUCCUCUUCAACGC